AUGCUUACAACAAUUGUGGCUCUUAUAAGAUAUAAUAAGACUCUUAAUAAAUAUAAACUUACAUCACAAGAAGAAUCUGAUCUUCAAGCUAUGACACAAUUUCUUCAACUAUUUUACGAAACUACUAAUAUUCUUUCUGGCAGCACAUAUACAAUAUUAGGCAUUUCGAUUCUACUAAUUGAUGAUAUUGUUAAUACUGUUUCAUCAUAUAUUUGGAAUCCAACAAGUCCAGAAUUCUUAGAAAUAGCUACAACCCAAAUGUCAGAUAAAAUUCAAAAGUAUACUAAUGAAAUUUAUGAUAAAACAGCCUUUAUGGCUGCUAUUCUUGACCUCCGAAUUAAACUAGAGCUAAUGCUGGAUGAUAUAAAUACUAAAGCAAAUCAGGCGAUUUUUGAUAAGAUUUUUAGAGCAGAAUAUUCU